UUUUCUUUGCAAAAAUCGCAUUUAAAUCUCGCAUUGAAAUUCCGGGUUCCACGAUCGCGGAGUCGAAACGAUCUAGAGAAGGAACGGGAGCGCGCCUCGCAGAAUGUGCACGUAUAUUCGCGACACGACGUAUUCCAAAAUGUCUCUAGAAAGCGGGUUCUCCAAUUGGCUGUUGGACACCCGGAGCGCGAUGAGGAUUCUCCCUGACCUCCCUUCUCCCUCGACGCCGUCGCCGAGACAUUGAAGACACUCGUACGGCUGCCAUAACUGUUUACACCGCUGCUCCGGGAGCGCGUCCACCACCACCUUCACCCUCAUUAUCGCCACCCUCACCCGUCCUGUCAUCCUCAUCCUUGCCGUCGCGUCGUCGCGUGGUCGCUGAGCGUAAAUAUCGGCAUGUUCCGUCGGCGCCGGUCGUGAGUGUCCCCCAACGAGGUGGUGCGCGCCCGUCCCCGACGAGAGGAGGCCCAGAGAUGCUGCGGACGGCGAUGAUCGGCGCGUUUCUGUCCGUGAUGGCUGUCACCGCCGCCCUGCAUUCCUCCACCGCCCUAAACGGCGGCGGCGGUGGCGGCGUCGGUGAUCCCCUCGCCCAUCACGGCCGCUGCGAGCCCAUCACCAUCAAUCUCUGCAUGAACAUCCCGUACAACGAGACGAUCAUGCCGAACCUGAUGAAUCAUCAGAAGCAGGAGGACGCCGGCCAGGAGGUGCACCAGUACAUGCCGCUCGUCAAGAUGAAGUGCAGCCCGGAUCUGCGCUUCUUCCUCUGCACCGUCUACGCGCCCGUCUGCACCAUCAUCGACAAGGCGAUACCGCCGUGCCGGUCGCUCUGCGAGAGCGCCCGCUCCGGCUGCGAGAGCCUGAUGAACAGCUUCGGCUUCGCGUGGCCGGAGGCCCUCGACUGCGCCAAGAUGCCGGAGAACGGCGGCACGGAGCUCUGCGUGGGCACCAACGAGACCACCGCGCCCCAGGAGCCCGCCGCGCCGGUCUAUCCACCGGCCCGCAUGCCGGUCGCGGAGUUCCAGCCACCCUGGAACGAGGGACUGAAGCCUUACGGCGGCGUCGGCACUGUCGGUGGCAACGGUUUCGCCAUGGGUGCCAGGGACUUCGGCUUCGUGUGCCCGGUCCAGUUCAAGGUGCCUCACGGAUUAGGGUACUCGCUGAAGGUGGACAACAAGGUGGAGCCUGACUGCGGGGCGCCCUGCGACGGGAUGUUCUUCACCGAGAGGCAGAGAAAGUUCGCCAGGGUGUGGGUCGGCACUUGGGCCUCCGUCUGUGCCGUUUCCUGCUUCUUCACGUUCCUGACAUUCCUCAUUGAUAGAGAUAGAUUUAGGUAUCCCGAGAGGCCUAUCAUUUUCUUGUCCAUAUGUUACCUGAUGGUGGCACUGGCUUACGUGAUCGGCUGGGCAGCCGGCAACUCGAUAUCGUGCAUGGAGCCGUUCCCACCGCCGAUGGGUAUCCGAAUACAGAUGGCUUCUAUAAUCGCUCAGGGUACCAAGGAUGAAUUGUGCACCGUGCUCUUCAUGAUUCUCUAUUUUUUCGGCAUGGCGUCGAGCAUCUGGUGGGUCAUCCUCACCCUCACGUGGUUCCUGGCGGCUGGAUUAAAGUGGGGACACGAAGCAAUCGAGACUAACUCGCAAUACUUCCACCUGGCCGCCUGGGCCGCGCCGGCUGUGAAGACCGUUACUAUCCUAGCGAUGGGAAAAGUGGAAGGUGAUAUAUUGUCCGGGGUCUGCUACGUCGGUCUUUGGAACGUGGAGGCUCUACGGGGCUUCGUCCUGGCACCGCUGUGCGUUUAUCUUUUUCUGGGCAUUGUGUUCCUGCUGGCAGGCUUCGUCUCGCUCUUCCGCAUCCGGACGGUGAUGAAGCACGACGGCACAAAGACUGACAAGCUCGAGAAACUCAUGAUUCGCAUCGGCAUCUUUUCCGUGCUCUACAUCGUACCUGCCAUGGUCGUGAUCGUAUGCCUCUUCUACGAGCAGGCAUAUUUCGACCAAUGGAUGCUUACGUGGAACAUGGAGAUGUGCUCGCGACCGGGCCCGCAGUCGAUCUACUCGUUGCCGUGUCCCCUCGGCGAGCGCACCCGCGACCUCGGUCGUAAACCCGAUUUCGAGAUCUUCAUGAUCAAAUACCUCAUGGCGAUGAUAGUCGGCAUUACCAGCAGCUUCUGGGUAUGGUCCAAGAAGACGCUUACCAGCUGGCAGCAAUUCUUCCAUCAGAUACGAGGUCAUCGCACCGAGGCCUACGUUUAAGGUCGCAGCUGCAAUUCGUUCACGAAGAUCUACAGAUCCUUUUUUUUUUUCUAAUUUCGGAAGAUCAGGAAACUUAAACACUAAGACGGUUGGUGAAAACUUCGAAAGACAUUUGAGACAAGAAAAGACUAAUGUCUUUUUUCUCAAUACUUUACCGUUACGUUGCAUGUUUCUUGAACUUCGUAGAUCUUUGUAACUUAAUGUGCAGUUAGGAAGGUAAGAGAAUUUUCCGAUAAUGGAGGAAAACGCCUACAAUACUCGUGACUUUCAUAAUGAUGCUAAAUUGUGUAGGUUCAUCAAGUAAGACAGUCGCACGACGUCGCUACCAGGGAUCUUCCCGGAGUUCUCAGUGUCAUGUCCCAGUUUUUCGCAUAAUGUAAAACACGUAACUAAAGUGCAUAACUUUUUUUUAAUUAAAAUUACGAAGUAAUUAGCUUUUAAAAGUUUUAAUUUAUCGUGCGACAUCGGCAUAGCCAAAGGUUUUUUUAUAAUUCAGUUUCUCGAAUUUAUACGUACUCAUUCAUUAUUUCAUUAACCCUUCGGAGGCAGACGUCGGAUCACUCGUGACCCAUGCUGUUUUGUUUAGACUGUACGGCUCAAGGAGUCUUGACUACUUGAGCUCUAAAUCUAAACAAAUAGCCAAAUAAAUGAGUCACAAGUAAAUAACAUUUUCAUGUAAGCAUUUGUUUUGCAACACAUACAGUCACGCGGCUGUCUCGGUGUCCGCCUUCCGAGGGUUAAUUAUUUCAUCAUAUGAUAAAAUAUAGUGAAUAAUAAUAAAACGAACGAAAUAAUAUUAAUUAUUUCACAUUCUUUCUAGUUUUUGAGAAUCUAGUUUAUAUCAGUCAAAGUGAUCUGAAUCAAAAUUGCAAUAAUGCUUCGCGUUACGUUUAUCUUACGAAUAAUUUAAAGGCAUACGUUAAUAUUCGUCGCUCUCUGUGUGUGCCAAAUAAGUUUUUUUUAUCACAUUUUUAUGUAAUGACCUACGACUUUGUAAAUUAUUUGAACUGAAUGUCGAUGAGUUCGAAAGUAUUAUUAGACGAUAUUCGUUCUUUUACUAGCGUAAUCUCAUCUCUUCUUACGAACGACUCAAGUCCCUACGUUUAAGUUGAAAAUGCUCAAAUGCUAUAGCAAGACAAAUCAAGUGUUCAAAGUUUUUAAAGCAGCUAGCCGGAUCCAAGGAUCCGACAUAAUCUAACAAUAAGAAUUUAAGACUUUUAAUAGCAAAUUCAGUUGAAUAUAUCAGCGCGUAUUGGUGCACGUUAAAGAUUGUACAUAAAAAUAUAUAUUCAUAGUGAACGGUUGGACGCACUAGACGCUUGAAUACAAAUUACAAGUUAACCGUAUUGCUUGAUAGAACGCAGUUUGGACAUUUCACCAAUUAAAACGCUCGCAUCAUGCUUUUGCACUUGAAUUAAAUCGAUUUAUUAUAAUAAACUCGGUAACUUACAUCAGUACGCGCUGAUGGAUUCAAUCGAAAUCAUUGUAAAAAAUCCUAAACAACCUAACGAUCAUACUUUCACACUGCCGAAUCUUUUCAUCUCGACAUCACUGAUGGCGAAUCGAAAAAUCUAUUACGCUUAAUUUUUACAAAGUACCCGAGGGACAUAAAAAGAAAGGAUGUAAUGAUACUCAGGCGGAGAUACUCGAUGGCCCUUGCCGGCCGUGCAUUUUGUAUCUAUAUUCGUUAAGGAUCCUUUUUCCGCGCGACGAAUGUAUUAUCAUCUAUAGUACCGUAAUGUCAAGCGUCGGGGACGCGUCUCGACGGAAUCUCAACGAGAUUAACUUGUAAGAUUUACUUGUAAGAAGUGUGCUACUUUAGGUUCACACCGGACUGUAUAUAAUUAUAUACAUUUUUUUAUUCUAUUCUCUCUACUUAUGUAUUAUAAUAUAUUUUUAAAGAUUUCUGUACAUAUAUAUACGUCGACGUGUUGUGCAUGGUCAAAGUUAUGCGAACAAACCGCGAAUUGCGUCCAACUGAAAUUGCCGAGCUUUUGUGUGCGAAAAUUCUGUGCUACGAAUGCGAUACGCGUGAUUUAUUAUGUAUUAUGGCACGCGCGAGACCGUACGAGAC